AUGGAUUCGUUGGGCGAUUCAGGAAGCGAACACAAGAUUGAUCCUCAGUUGGCCAGUUUCAUCGAGGAAGAGUCACAGCGGCAACAGUUCCAGGUACUGGUGCACACGCUGACCAAUUCGUGCUGGGACGUCUGCAUCGGUGAACGGGUCGGGCCCAAGAUGGACGGCAAAGCGUCGACGUGUAUGACGAACUGCGUGAAUCGUUUCAUUGACGCAACAAACUUCAUCGCUAAACGGCUCGAGGAACAUAACAAGCAAAUGCAGUGA